AUGGAAAUCCGAAAGCCAACACACCAGGUGAUAGAUGGAGUGCCCAGGUGCGCUGGUAUCGUUCCGGACAUGCUGCGAGAAAACCUAAAGUUCCGAGCGCAAAAGGGAGACGUAGUGCAGUCAACAUUUCCCAAGAGUGGAACACACUGGAUGAUGUACAUUGUUCAGCUCGUUGUAAGAGAUGGCGAGCAACUGGACACGCACGAAGUGUUUACAAAAGAAUACCGCUUCAUUGAAUACAUGGAUAUCAAGGACUGGAAGUCAUCCCUGCCCUUGAGAAUAUUUGCCACUCACUUGCCCCUGACUAAGGACAUCAUCACCAAAGAAGGAAAGUACAUUUACGUCGCCCGCAACCCUUGGGACGUGUGCGUCUCUAUGUAUCACAUGGUGACCAACCUCAGCUCGUACGAGUACCAGGACGCUACGUUCGAAGACUUUGUCAACGUGUUCGUCAGCGGGAACUUUGGCUACGGCGACUACUUCGAGCACGUGGCGUCCGCUUACGACCUGAGGCAGGAACCUAACGUGUUCUUCGUCACCUACGAAGAAAUGAAGAAGGACACCCGUAGCGUGGUUCUAAGAGUAGCACGCUUCCUUGGAGACCACUAUUCACGAGCCUUGGAAGCUGACGAAGAAGUACUGCGCAAUCUCCUGGAGAAAACUAAGCCGGAUCACAUGCGAAGUGUUAUGGUCGUCGACUUUCGCGACAAUCUGAACCCUCAUUGGAAGGAAGUAUUCGAUCGAUCCAAUGUAACUUGUAAGGAGGGCUACAAAGGAGAUGAAAUGAAGUACGGAAUAGUGCGACAAGCCAAGGUCGGAAGCUGGAAAGAGCACUUCACGCCGGAACUGCUUCGCCGCAUGGAAGCUAGGAUUAUUGAGGCGGAGAAGGUGACAUCCUUUAUGGAUCUCUGGAAGGACGUCCGAGCAGAGGCGUUAAAAUUAUCACAGAAUAGCGAAUGA